AUGGCCCUCCCACCCGCCUUCCACGAAUCCCUUCCCUACAUCGACCCCGAACUCUCCCCUGCUGCCCUCGCCGCCGCCCACGCCCUCAUCUCCGCCGAACAAUCCCAAGCCUCCCCCCUUCCUCCGCAUCCCCAAACCGACCGCCCAUCCCUCCUCACCCCCGCCCUCGCCGCCGAGCUCUCCCGCGUCACCUCGGGCGAACCGGCCAAACCCCUCUGCCUCUCGCGCUACGAGGCCCAGGAACCCCCCUCGCCGGGCUCCUCGUCGACCACUUCGCUGCGCCCCGUGCUGGAAAACGCCUACAUCUCCGCCGCCUAUCUCACCUCGCGCGCCCAGAACCUCAUCCUGCUCGAUCGCCACGGCGCAAACACUUGGCUCCUCUCCAAUUAUCAUCUUGAGAAUGACCUUCGUCGCGUCGAGCGCGAGCUUGCUGACACUAGGCGGAGUAUUGACGAGGUCAACGCCCAGCGCGCAAAGAGGCAGGAGGCCGUGCGCGCAGAGCUGCUCAUGCUCGAUGAGACUUGGAGGCGCGGUGUCGGCCGAGUCCUUGAGACCGAGGUUGCCGUCGAAGAGCUCAAGGCUCAGAUACGGGAGGAGCUCAAGAGGAAGAGUGCGCACGAGGCCUUAUAA